AUGGCAACUUUCAACGGCAAUGGCUACGUAAUGGGCUCCCGGAUUCCCAUCCGGGACGUCAACCCCGUGGCAACAUCGCCAACUCCCGCCAAGGUCAUUCAGAUCGCCUCUCGUAUCAUCGGCGCGAGAGCAGAAUGUACCGGAUCCGCCAACCAGUGCGAGAAGCCUGUCGACCAGUCCGCUCUGACCUUGCCCAUUGCCCUCGGAGUCUCAAUUCCCAUCGUUGGUGCUCUGUGCUUGCUAUUCUACUUCCACCGAAGGAACCUGGCCAAGCAGAAGAUCGAGGACGCAAAUGACCCGAACCGUGGCUUGGAUUUCGGACUGGGCGAGACCAGUUCCGAUAAGGGCGGAAAACGCAAGAGCAUGAUGUUCCGCGAGAAGGGAAUGGGCGUCGACACCAAGAAGCGUCAACUGUCCAUGGACAUGAACUUGUCCAGCCCCUACCUUCUUCCUCCCGGCCUGCAGAGCUCACGUGAGUCUCUGCACUCUCUCGCAAGAACUCUCCACAACGAGGCAGACCCGUACCGCCCCGUUGCUCAGUAUGCCGGCAGUGAUGUCGGCUCGAUCCGAUCUUUCAAGCCCAACGGCUCCGUUUACAGCCGCUCGACGAGCCAGAGACGCGACUCUAGCAUGACCGGUCGCACCACCAUGACCAACAGCACCCUGCCUCCGAGACAAAAUUCUCUGCCCAAGCCCCCAGGUGUCACGGCCGACCCCUUUGCUACGCCCAAGUCCAGAUCCGGAUCUCCUGCCCCCGACGGUCUCACGCCCAUCUCGCCAGUCAUCGCUACGCCCACGUCUCCUGUCAUCAGAAGCCCCCUCAUUGCCGAGCCCAUCAUCCCCCAGAUCGAGACUGUGCCUUACCCCGACGACAAGAACAACAGAGCAUCACUUCCUCAGAUUCCUGAUCUUCCGGAACCCUCUCCUGCUCUUCUUAAGGGCCUUCCUACCAACCCGCGCCCUUCGGGAGCAAACCCUGCUGCCUCCGAGGCCCGGGCGGCGGACACCGCUCCUUCUGCGGCUGAAUUACCUGGCAGUCCAAAGGCGGAGCAGGGCCAGGCCCCGGUCAUCCCGGCUAUUGGCCUUGGUCUGGAAGAUAUGAGCUUCCCCACUCCCUCUCACCGCUUGUCACCCCCUGCUGGCGGCUCCCUUCCCUCUAGCCCCCGGCCCCAGAAGGAGGCAGCUCCAUCGACUCUUCCAGCCAUCGUCCCCGAGGAAGCGAGUGUUUAUAAUGACCGUUACGACCAAAAUGACUAUGAGUAUGAGGAAAGGGGUCGAUCUCAACGCCGCUCUGUGGAGGUGAACGACUACCGCGAGUCUCGACAGCUUGGUAUUCCGGUUCAAGACAACAAGAGACUGUCGGUCGGCUUCCGUCCCCUUCCGCCGGACGAGGUCAUGGAGUCAGAAGAUCCUGAAGAGCGUGCCAACAGAAUCAGAUCCUUCUACAAGGAGUACUUCGACCCCGACAACCCGGGCGCUGGUGGCCAACAGCCCCCGCCUCGCGGUCCUCCCAUGGGCGGCCCCCGAGGCCGUGGCCCUCCCCCGGGACACCCUCAGUACUAUGAGGAUGUCGACCCGAGCUUCAUGGGUGGCCCGGGAGGCGAUGCCUACUUCGACCCCGACACGAACUCGUUCGUUAUGCCCUACGCUCAGCCUGUCACUCGCCGUGCCAUGACUCCGCCGCCGAACGCCUCCCGUUUCCGCGGCCCGCCCCCUCCCAGAGUCAUGCACGGCUCGAUGGGUGGACGCAUGGCCAGCCCCGGUCCCGGCCCCAGAGGAAGAGGACCACCCCCGCCACGUGCCGGAUCGGCGAUGUCUAGCCGUCUUGGGCCCUCAAGACGAGGCUCUGACAUGUCCAGCCAGUACACCACCAGACCCGGAUCAUCCGUGUCCAACCGGAUGGGCCCGGUGCGGCAGAAGCCUAAGGGACCUCCCCCCGCCGAUCUCAACACCCUACCCAACCCAGCUAAGCUCAGGGACGACACUUUCGCCAUCAUGAACCCUCUCGACUUCGCUCCUCCCGAAAGCUUUGCCGACCGCGCCCGUGGUCGAUCCCAGAGCCCGGCAGGCGAGAGACGUCCCUACCUUCAGCCCAAGGUUGUCCACUCCCCAUUGGUCAGCAGCUUCGAAGAGAUGCCUGCCAUGCCCAGCCCGCACUUGUUGAGGAAAUCGGGAACCUUCACCGCUCUUGACUUUGCUCCUCCCCGUAAGUUCAAGGACGCCGACACGAUGAGUGAUGCCGGCAGUAUUCGCAGCAACCGCAGCGGUAUCUCUGCCGUCAACCAGGCCGCCAUCCGCAGUGGUGCCGGUAGAGUCAGCCGUCUGCCUGGCGACACGGUCUUCACAUCAGCGGCCCUCAAUGACCAGCUGAAGCCGUCAUGGGGUAUGCACCGGUAA